GCUCAACCGCACGAAGCUAACGAGCCGUCUCUAUUGGAUGAGCUUUUCCCGGAGGCUAGUGGUUACAUUCAGCCCCAUUACCCGGAGAAGAGAACUCAGUAUCCCAAGCUCGAUCUUCCCGACUCGACUCCGCUCGUCCGCCGAGAUCUAGUGGACCGUCCGCAGAACUUGAAAGAGCAAAUGCUCACAUCGUUUCAAAGGGGUGGAGAGCAGAUCACUGUACUGCAACUCAUCCACUGCAGCAUCGAGCUUGCUGAAUCUGACUUCCGUCGCUUGAUCCCAAAGGGCAAGCACAUCGAGUCGUGGAUCAGAGACGGCGAAUUCUACAAGGUCAUCCCCGGGCGCGACCCACUGAGUCUGGAACGCCUCCCUUUCUACUACCUACUUUUCAAGUCCCCCGAGUCCGCCCUGGCGUACCAGAAAAACGUUUCCCGUCUUCACAAGCUCAGCGCCCUUCACAGGUCAUCUGAUAUCUUCUCUGCAAUUCCUCCUCCGAGAGGCUUUCUGGAAGACGGUGAGGACCUCGCUACUGCCAUGUCCUCCUACUUCCUCAAAUCUACUACCCACGAGCUCAGACUCCACACCGUCAUGCAGCCCUACAACCCCGCCCUCCGUGGUAUUAUUGCGCAAGGCGGCUACCGACCCAUUGUCCCCAACCUCGACGCAAACGGCAAACGCAUCUACAAAGUUCUCGUCCAUAUUGAAGGCUACGAGCCAAGUCAAUGGGAUCUUUGGCAGAUUUUUAUGCGUCACGCUCACGACCACGGCAUCAUAUGGCCAUUCCACCCCGAAUCUUCCGCCGCGAUCCACCGACUGCGUGAAGUGGUAAACCUCAAAACAAGACUGCUCCCCGUCUCGUCUGCGAAUCCGCGUGCAUUCAACCAGUCUCUGCAAUCCCCACGCGUGGAGUUCGACGACCCAAGCAUCAACAGCUUGAUGACGAGCCCGGAAGAUGAAAACAGUGCCCGCGAGAUCAACCAGGUGGUCAUGAAUCGCGUGUACAACCGGUGGAUAGUGAACUUUGCUGAAGAGGACGCGGCGAGACGGUUUGCGGUCAUGUGGCAUAGGAAGGUACUGCCGGAGUUGGUCGGGAGGAAUGGCAAGGUUGCGUGGAGAGACGCGGAGGGGGAGCAGAUGUGUAAUUGUGAAUUUCUAUGGUGA